AUGGACAUGUCUUCUCAAAUACCCAUGGUCGGCUACUUCAUCUACCGCUCGAGUGAGCAAGCCGAUCCUACCGCUCUCGAGUUCUGCCCUCCCAAGGGUUCCGAUGAACUCUUCUUCGCUCUGAAAACCGCCUUCCCUCACGUCAAGACUCAUUCGGACCGCAUGAGAAACGCAGUCAUUGAAUUUCUCAAGCAGGAGCUCAACGAGGAACAAGCUCAACUGACAACUCCCAUCAUUCCUCUGGAUACCGACCUGUCCUGCGAUAUCCCCACCGAAUCUCCUUGGUGGCCCUCCAUGGAUUCUACUGCCUCUACUCUCAGCAGCCCUGAUCUCUUCAACCUGGCUACUCCUGCAUCAAUGUCAUCCUCCCACGCUCCCCCAAUGAGCCGUCAAAACUCGUCUUCUCAAUCCAGCGCCACCCAGAAGGCUAAGCCUGGACUUGAAGAGAUGACCGGUGUCUUCAGCUUGUCAUCGACCUCUCAACCCAAGACUCGCGUACGCAGGAAAAUGACCGAGGCCGAAAAGCUCGAGUACCGCAAGCGUCGUAUAGUCAAAGCUUGCGAAUCGUGCAGCAAGCGUAAGCGAAAGUGCUCUCAUAACCAACCUGAGAUGGAGAAGCUUCGCUCAUCCAAGGUCACCAAGCCUAGAGCAACGGCAUCGAACAUCAACUUGGCAUGUGUUGAGCAGAUUGAGAAGGCCAUCUUCCAGCCCACAGAACCUUCUAUCGUCGACGAAGACCCCUUCAUGUUCUUGAAUCAGAACAUGUUCAGCGAGCUUCCUGUCGCUGACGACUUCAUCUUCGACACUGCUACAAUUGCUCAAGCUCCUCAACAAACUACCUGGCCUUGGAGCGACACUGCUGACUGGACUCUCAUUGACACUCCUCUACUCGGCCAAGCAUCACCAUCCUCCUCGUCCUACCAACAAGCACUAUUCCCUGCUUCGACUGGCCUCCUUUCACCGCAACCGACACCACAAUUGGAACUCAUACACGAGCCAACCCAUCAAGUAAGGGCCUCAGAAGUACCAACUGCGACACAAACACCUACCCGAACGUGGCGUACGUUCUCGGACUUCUCUCGCACAGCCUUCUCCACCGCAGACGGCCUCGACGGCAAGGAGCAAACUGCCUUUAUGGGUCUGUCGUCUCCAGGCGACAAUAUGUCGCCAACUCAAUCGCGUACUCUGCACUCACCACUGGCAACUCUUACCGGAACUCAGUCCUCGCUCUCUCUUAGCGACUCGGCAACUCAAGAAUCGACCAUGUUUGCUGACAGCAACGAUAUGCCACAGCAAUUCGUUCCACAGGCUUAUGCACUAACCGAGAAUGCCUGUCGCGCUGGAGCAUCACAACAUCAAGGCAUUAGCGGCGACAUUGCUGCUAGCAGGUCAAUUAGCGGAAUCAGUCAAGUGAUUUCACAACAAACAAGCAACUCUCGGGCUGCCGCAGGACGCGGCCUCGUACUGACCGAAAACAAUGCAAUGUCUCCCACAACAACAUCGGGAGACCGAUAUAUCGGGAACCCAAGCGGCACUCGCAGCACAGGUAAACACAACUUUAAACACAACUUUUUCUUGAGGAUUCUGCUAACAUUCAAGCAGNUUGCACCUGCCGAAGACGGACUACAGAGGAUGUCUAGGACACUCGUUCCUGCUAGAUUACCCGCAGGACUUGCAUCAAGCUCGCCCAAUGCAUCUGACCAGCUACCUUCCGCGUUUGCUAAGACAAGCAGUCACGAGCUCAAUAGUGCAAUGAACAAACAGCCCGCCGCUGCUGCUAGCGUACACCAAGAGGGUGUUGCUGCUACUGAAGAAACACCAUCAGCGGCCCGACCAUCUAGCUUGUCAGCCGACUCGACAAGUGCAUCAUCAUCCACGAGUGUACUUCGCGGUGCACCUGCUAGUCCACGACCACGACCUCAGGCUGCCAGGCCAGACCUAUAUGACGGACUCUCUGCCGCAGCCAGAACGCCAUGGGCACCCAUCCACACGACCGCACACGACGAGAACACCGAGAAGGUGACCUCGGCUGCUCAGACCGAGGUCCGACUCGAGGGAGUUGAAGACAACUCGCGCACUCAGCGCGAGCACACUCGACGACUACCCCUCAAGUCUGGCGCAAGAAUGACACAUAACCAACUGAGUGCUGUUGCUAGCAGCGCCAGCGGUGCAGACGUUCUCGCCAACAGUCAAACUGCAGCACUUCAAGCAGCAGCCAUGACUGAACAGCCUCUUCGUCACCGUCGCAAGCGAUCGCCUGGACAAUUCCUCGCUCCUGCAACCUCUGCAAGUCUUGGCCUUGAGGGUACAAGAGUUGCGGCUGCCAUCUUGGUGGCCCAGGUUUGCGCAGCAUGGAAGGCUAUGGCUGGCACAUUCGUGCAACCUAUGUCGACACGCACGUCUUGUGGAAGCAACGAUAGAGAUUGUACUUCUCUGUCUGUUUCUAGAACUGUGUUGUUGGCUGCUUAG